GCCUCUAUUUCUGUACACGUCGAGCGCGUGUGCCAGAGAGACUGUUCAGUGCGGCUUAGACUUCAGCCGGACGAGUCUAGGCUAUAUCUCGUUCCUGGCGAGCAACACAAAAUACCAAAAAUAAUUGACGGAAUAUCAAAGUGUUAUUUCAGGAAAACAGACAAGAAAACGAUUUAAAUAUAUGAUAAAAACGUGCCGUAGAACGAAUAUUCUAACAAAUUGAAAGCUGCGUCUAGCGAUAACUCCAAAAGACAUAAUUAUCGCGAUCAUACGAAGACUACUUGGAAUUCGAACUCGAACGAAGACCGAGACAGAAACGAAAAGUGCUGUUUUAAAACGCGAGAAUUAAUUUGAAAAUAUUUAAACCGACCUAAACAAUUUCAAUAGGGAAAUAAUUCAUUUUAAGAAGAUAAAGUGUGGAAGUUUAUCUUUUAGCUUUUUUUAUACGCCAUUCUCGAACAAAAGUAACGAAGAAUAAUUCUGUGAAUAUUGUGUGAACGCUUAAUAAAAACAACUAACAAAAUGCAUUCCAUGCGUGCUCAUCGGACACUAAAUAAACAUAAAACUGUGUUACAAAUAUGGAAAAUUACCACGAGAUAUUUCCGCACAGAUGUAGAAUACAGACCAAUCAGAAGUGUCCUCGUUGCCAAUCGAGGAGAAAUUGCCAUUCGUGUAUUUCGUGCUUGCUCGGAACUCGGCAUUCGCUCCGUAGCAAUUUACUCGGAGCAGGAUAAAAUGCAGAUGCACCGUCAGAAAGCAGACGAAGGUUAUUUAGUGGGCAAAGGAUUACCACCCGUUCAAGCUUACUUGAAUAUUCCUGAGAUUAUCCAAGUAGCCAAAGAAAACAAUGUCGACGCUAUACAUCCUGGUUAUGGAUUCCUUUCUGAGAGAGCAGACUUUGCUCAAGCGGUUACUAAUGCAGGCAUCAGAUUCAUUGGACCUAGUCCUAAAGUCGUCCAACAAAUGGGAGACAAGGUGGCUGCCAGACAAGCCGCGAUUCAAGCUGGAGUACCCAUCGUCCCGGGAACAGAUGGGCCAGUAACAAGUUCUGAUGAGGCGAUGGAAUUCUGCAUGAAGCACGGUCUUCCGGUUAUCUUUAAGGCAGCGUAUGGAGGUGGAGGACGAGGUAUGAGAGUUGUAAGACAAAUGGAGGAGGUCCGUGAGAUGUUUGAUCGUGCAUCUUCCGAAGCGGCGGCUGCUUUUGGAAAUGGCGCAAUGUUCAUUGAGAAAUUCAUUGAGAGACCACGUCAUAUUGAAGUUCAAUUACUUGGAGAUCAUGCUGGCAAUGUUGUACAUUUAUAUGAACGCGAUUGUUCCGUGCAGCGUCGUCAUCAAAAGGUUGUCGAGAUUGCGCCAGCUCCAGCAUUGUCGUCUAAGGUUCGAGAGAAAAUGACUGACUAUGCCGUCAAAUUAGCAAAACAUGUUGGUUAUUCGAAUGCCGGUACUGUGGAAUUCUUGGUUGAUGAAUCUGGAAAUUUUUACUUUAUUGAAGUCAAUGCCAGAUUACAAGUUGAGCACACAGUAACCGAGGAAAUAACAGGAAUCGAUCUCGUGCAAUCCCAAAUUCGAAUCGCCGAAGGGAUGACACUACCAGAACUUAGUAUGACGCAAGAUAAAAUUAUACCUCAAGGAUUCGCAAUUCAAUGUCGAGUGACCACAGAAGAUCCGGCUAAGAAUUUUCAACCGGAUACUGGAAGAAUAGAAGUUUUUCGUUCUGGCGAAGGUAUGGGCAUCCGAUUGGAUGGAGCCUCCGCAUUCGCUGGUGCUAUAAUCUCACCGUAUUACGAUUCACUACUUGUUAAGGUAAUCGCCCACGCCAGUGAUCUUCCGUCAUCCUGCGCCAAAAUGAAUCGAGCGCUUCGCGAAUUCCGCGUGCGAGGAGUAAAGACAAAUAUACCUUUUCUACUAAAUGUCUUGGAAAAUCAAAAGUUCCUCAACGGUAUUGUCGAUACAUAUUUCAUCGACGAGCAUCCUCAGCUUUUUCAGUUGCAGCCGAGUCAGAAUCGAGCCCAGAAAUUGCUCAAUUACCUCGGUACCGUCCUGGUCAAUGGCCCAAGCACGCCAUUAGCUACUCAACUGAAACCAGCGGACAUCAAACCACAUAUUCCGCAGAUUGCUCUAGACUUUGCUAAGCUUGCAGCUGCAGAAGAAACCAAUGAUCCCGACGCACCAGAACCUCUGGAUCCUCCGAAAGGAUUCCGACAUAUUUAUAAAGAGCAAGGUCCGGAAGCUUUCGCUAAAACUAUUAGACAGCACAAGGGUCUCCUUUUGAUGGACACUACGUUCCGUGAUGCCCAUCAGUCCCUCUUAGCGACUCGUGUACGAUCGCACGAUUUGCUGAUGAUCUCACCAUUCGUCGCCCACAAAUUCAACAAUCUUUAUUCGUUGGAGAACUGGGGCGGUGCGACCUUUGAUGUGGCUUUAAGGUUUCUUCAUGAGUGCCCUUGGGAACGGCUGGAAGAUAUGCGCAAGGCUAUCCCUAAUAUUCCAUUCCAAAUGUUACUUAGAGGUGCUAACGCUGUCGGGUAUACGAACUAUCCUGAUAACGUCGUCUUCAAGUUCUGUGAACUGGCUGUGAAAACCGGAAUGGACAUUUUCAGAGUAUUUGACUCCCUCAAUUACUUGCCGAAUCUUAUCGUUGGUAUGGAAGCCGCUGGAAAUGCGGGGGGUAUCGUCGAAGCGGCGAUUUCCUAUACGGGUGAUGUAAGCGAUCCGAAUCGUACCAAAUAUAACUUGAAAUAUUAUACCGACUUAGCGGACGAGCUAGUCAAAGUGGGUACUCAUAUCUUAGCGAUCAAAGAUAUGGCUGGAUUGCUUAAACCGAGAGCAGCCGAAAUGUUGAUCGACGCAAUAAGGCAGAAACAUCCAGAUGUGCCUCUUCACAUACACACGCAUGAUACUGCUGGAGCUGGAGUAGCUUCCAUGUUGGCCUGUGCGAAGAGUGGGGCCGAUGUAGUAGACGUUGCCGUUGAUAGCAUGUCUGGCAUGACCAGUCAGCCUUCUAUGGGCGCGGUUGUUGCAUCUCUUCAGGGAACGGACAUUGAUACAAAAUUGGAUCUAUCUGAUGUCUCCGAGUAUUCCGCAUAUUGGGAACAAACGAGAACGCUUUAUGCACCAUUCGAAUGCACAACAACAAUGAAGUCCGGAAACGCGGAUGUCUACCUCAACGAAAUUCCUGGUGGUCAAUACACGAAUUUGCAAUUCCAAGCUUAUUCACUCGGUCUGGGCGAAUUCUUUGAGGACGUGAAGAAGGCAUAUCGACAAGCUAAUCUUUUGCUCGGUGAUAUUAUCAAAGUUACACCAAGCUCCAAAGUUGUCGGUGACUUAGCACAAUUUAUGGUUCAAAACAAAUUGGCCGCCGAUGAUGUUCUCAAGAAAGCCGAAGAACUAUCGUUCCCUAAGUCGGUAGUCGAAUUUCUUCAGGGUGCCAUUGGUGAACCUCACGGAGGAUUUCCUGAACCUCUCAGGUCGAAGGUUCUCAAAGACAUGCCACGCGUGAAAGGCAGACCAGGCGCGAGUUUGGCAUCACUCGACUUAGAUGCCUUGAGGAAGGAAUUGAAAGAAUUUCACCCACACGUUACCGAAAAGGACGUCAUGUCGGCCGCGCUCUACCCUAAAGUAACGAAGGAUUAUUUGAACUUCAAGGAACAAUUUGGUCCGGUAGAUAAAUUGGAAACUAGAAUCUUUCUCACGGGGCCUAAAGUAGGCGAGGUAUUCGAUGUCACAAUUGAGAAGGGCAAAACUCUCGGUAUCAAAACCCUUGCAGUUGCAGAAGAUCUCACGAAAAAUGGUGAACGUGAAGUGUUUUUCGAAAUGAACGGUCAACUGAGAUCUGUGUUCAUCAAAGAUAAAGAGGCCGUCAAGGAAUUGCAUGUGCAUCCAAAAGCAACGAAAGGUGACAGUAAUCAUCUGGGAGCGCCGAUGCCCGGCGAAGUGAUCGACAUUAGAGUAAAAGUGGGCGACACUGUGGAAAAGGGUGCACCAUUAGUUGUGCUAUCUGCUAUGAAGAUGGAGAUGGUUGUGCAAGCGCCUAAAGCGGGCAAAAUCAAGAGCCUUGAAAUCAGUUUGGGCAUGAGAUUAGAAGGAGACGAUCUCGUCCUGACAUUCGAAUAAACUCUUGCGCGCUGAUGGGAUCGAUCUAAAAAUCAAAUCGUGUAA